UUGUAUGGAGAAAUCGAGGACACCAAAUUCUAUGACGCCUGGCCCGAACGGAAAAUUUCAUUUGUCUCUGACCUGCCGGACUCUCCUGGAGCGCACGCCUCGACCUGGGUUGCCAUCAAUAUCCUGACACGAUCUAAUGAUCUGUGCUCGCUUGGUCUCGACUACAGCUUCUUCCACGCCGGUAUGGCGGCGCCCUCAGGAAUGUUUUCCUUUUCUUCUCAAACAGGACCAUCGGACCACUUGAGUGGUUCGUGGGAAACGACAGGAGAAGGUGCACAGAACUUCCAAGACUUCUCAGACAACGGAUCUGCCCACCCGGGAGAAUCCGAGGACUUUCCUUCUUUCCAAGUUGAAGGCCACAUCACGCCCCGAGGACAAGGACAAGCCGUUGAGGACCUGCAGAGCAAGUGGACUGCUCCCGCACCAGCCACGACCGUGGCGCCUAUCGGUGGCGAACCGAUGAGGCGAGGAACUUCGAAGAGUUCCAAUGGAAGCCGCAAGCAGCACCGGAUCUCCAAGAUCACUUCUCCCAAGGCCAGACCCAGAAUGACUUCUUCUGUGUCUUCAAAAGUUUCUGCGCAACUGUCCUCCAUGGACAUCACAGGUAAUGCUUCUGUGUACUCUACAAACGGACCUCAGAUCAACGGCCAGUUGAUGGACGUGAACUCUUACUUCCUGGAUUCGGACACGAGCGCCGUCUCAUCUCAGUGGUUUAACUCUAUGGAAAUCGGAAUGCCGGAUGGCCUUCCAUCCCAGCAGGCGGACAUGACAAUGCACGUCGUGCCUGCUCAGAUGCAGCUGGACCCUGACUCGAGCUUGGGAGCUCACUCUCCUUCUGCCUCCUGGAACUCGUUCAGCCCGUCAGAGUCUCAGCUGUCUUCCCCUGCUCAGACCCCCGAGGACCUGUGGCUUUCCGCCCCUCUCAUGACUUCUCCGUCUCACUCGGAGCAUGUCUCUCCCAUUAUUCAGAGCCAGUCUCCUAGGUACGUCCCUCAGGUCAGCUGCUCAAGCCUGGAGCAAGCUUCUGAUGCGGCGUCCAUGUACAGCGUCAACGGCAAGUUCGGUCCCGAAUUCAUGGGCGAUGAGCUCUCCGGAAGCGUCCUCACAAUCGUUGGCGACGCGGCUCUGCCUCCAGCCUUCCCCAGCCGCCGGAACACCAAUGAGGGUGACUCCGCCCGGGACCACCCCUUGUACAAGAACGCUGUUCCUCAGGCCGAUGGCCUUUUCCACUGCCCCUGGGAAGGAGAAACCAGCUGCAACCACAAGCCCGAGAAGCUCAAGUGCAACUAUGACAAGUUCGUGGACUCUCACUUGAAGCCCUACCGCUGCAAGAUUGACUCUUGCGAGAACGCUCGCUUCUCUUCGACGGCCUGCCUUCUCCGUCACGAGCGUGAGGCCCACGCUAUGCACGGCCAUGGUGACAAGCCCUUUUUGUGCUCCUAUGAAGGAUGCGACCGCGCCAUGCCUGGCAAUGGAUUUCCCCGCCAAUGGAACUUGAAGGACCACAUGCGUCGUGUCCACAACGACAACGGUGCCCCCGGAUCUCCCACCAACGCUUCCGUUGGACAGCAGAGCUCCAAGAGCCGCAAGCGCAAGGAUGCGCCCAAGGCCGGAUCUGCCCCUUCCUCUCGCAAGGUCACUGCGAAGCCCGCCGUCGUCGAGGUUGCCAUCAAGGAGGAGGAGCAGUCCUCCAAGCCUCUCAUUGAGGAGUGGCUUUCCCAUCGCCAGGCUCUGGAGAACAUCAUUCGCGACUUUGCUCAGCCCGAGGAUGUCAAGAACGUUCAGCUCAUCAAGGAUGCUCACAGCCACCUGGCUGCCAUGGGAAAGAUCGGAAACACCCUCGCUCCCUUCCACGGAAACUUCGUCCAGGCCGGAUGA